AUGAGACCCGAGAGAAAUUCCAAGAAGAAUGACUUAUUAGGAUUUUUAAUUAAGAGAGUGGAUCGACAACCUGAAGAAGCUCUAAAGGCGGCGUUAGAUUAUCAUAAAGUUGAAUUUAAACUUGAUGCUGAAUCGAUCAUGACAACCAAAGAAAUUCGAUCCUUAACAGUCAAUUCAAAUAUCUACCGUUGGAUACUUAGAACUUACGGUCCCGAUUCUAAGGCUACGCAGAAAUGCUUUGAUGACAUUGUUGAAUCACGAGUUUGGAUCGAUCUAAAGUUACAAGAGAAUCCUGAUAGAGAAAUUCCGGACCGUCUUUCACCCCGUUCUUUUUAUUCUAUUUGCUCCAUUUAUCUUGAAUAUUGUAAUGAGAAGGUUCCGAUUAAAGCAAGUUACUUGCAAUACAUACAAUUGGCAAAAAGUUAUGAAAUCAUUCACCCAUUUUUUAAAAUAAGUUUGCCCAUUAUAUUUGGAUUACAAUUGGAAGAAUUCUCUUUAAAAGUUUCAUAUGACUAUAACAGGCCAGAAAUUAUAUUAAAUCACAGAGCUCAAAUUAAUAGACAAUCCAAUGAAAUCAAUAAUAUUCCUCGAAAUCAUGCUGAAAGGAAAUAUUGGUUCAUUUUACUUGAAAAUAUAUAUUAUAACAUUUAUCAACCAAAUUAUGCUGAUAUUAGCGAAAAUUUUAAGGAGAACCUGGAAUACUUUUGGAGAAGGAUUCAUGGGCAUUACUAA